AUGUACAAAUUGCCUUGUGCCUACAAUGACUAUUAAUUAAGACACAGGUCUUUGUCAAUGUCCUUAAAAGUAGUAUUAUUAAUCUAUAACCUCGCCUAUGUGCUCAUUACUUGUCCAAAUUCAUUCUAAAACUUAGAUUCAUCUGGGUAAUGCAAAUUCUAAUGCAACUCGGGUUUAAUGAAUACAAAGAGUACUUGCAGCAGUUGCUAAGAUUAAAGUUGCUAACUUUGCUCUAUGUAUGGAUUUUUUGAAUUUUGCAACUAAUGCAAGCCAGGCUAUUUCUUAGAUCUAAAUAACUACAAAUGUGUAGCUUAAUGCCCAGCUAAUACCAAACCAAUUAUUUCAGUAAACACUUUGAGUAACCCUGGGUUGAAUACUUAAUAUUGUAGACCUUAUCUUAAUUAAGAGCCAUUUAAAUAUCAAUAUUAUGUGGAUUCUGAAUCAACAAAAUACAUCGAAUUAGGGACUAUUGAAUACCCUUUUAAAAACUUAGACUACCCAUACAAAGAGCUUUUUAACUUUAUGUAUGAUAAAACGACCGAGGUUUUUAUUUAUCUAAAACGAAAUACCUCUUACAAACUUCAUCAUGUUAACUAGCCAAUUUAUAUGCUAAACAUUAAGAGUAUAGUAUUAAAAUCUUAUGGUGAUGUAUAUUUGCCAAGGCCAAAGUUAUAUAUUACUACUAUUCCAUAUUUAUUACCAGAUUCUACAUUAUAUACAAUCGCAGAAAGCAAUUUUAACUUUAACAUUAGAUUAGCCAAUAAUGAUUGGACAAUUGUUGAGUCCACUUAGCCUAUCUAUAGAAUAGGUAUAUAUAGAACAAAUUUCCAAUAUUAAGAUAUUCAUUUUUAGUCAAUUAUGUUAGGGGAUCAACUAUUUAAUUAUAUGAUAAAUACAUUUGAUAACAUGAACAAUCAAAUGAACUUUACUAACUGUCUGAUAGAUGUUGAUGGAAGAAUAUUGAAUUAAUUCAAUCCUAUCAUUAUAAACAUCAACAAUACAGCCUUUAACCUUACUAAUCUAUACAGUGGAUUUUGGUAUGACUAAACAUGGACAUCACCUUCUGCUAUAUGUGACAUUACUGGACGUACUUAAAGAAUUGUGAUAUCAAACAAUAAAUUUAUCAAUCUCAAAGAUAGCAACCUAGCUAUCGUUAUAAAUUAUUUGAGUGCUACAAAAACAACGAGAGUUUACGAACUGUAAAACAAUAUUUUUAAGGAUUCUGAAUUGAAUACAUAAUUCAUCACAAUUUAGAUACAAGUUGCUUCCAAUCUUACCAUAUCAAACAACUAAUACAACAAUUUAUCAUUUGCACCAAGCAGUAGAUUAAUUAGCAUUCUAGGGGAUACAUCAAACGUUACAAUAUUUAAUGAAUCAGUUUAAGGUGGAGUUAUAGAUAAUUUAUAUACUGUUUAGUCUGCUUUAAAUUUAUACAUAAGCAACUUCACUAUUAAUAGUACCUCAAAUUCUAACCGUAUAACUUCUGGUCUUUCCUUUAUGAGAAUAUAGCAAUCAAAUUAGUUUAUAAGCAUAACUAAAUUCAGGGUUUUAAAUUCUAAUUUAAUCUAUGGCAAUGCGCUUUAAAUCGAUUUAGCGAAAUAAUUGGAAUUAGUAGAUUGUCAUUUCAUGAAAAACACUGUUAAAUACAAUAAUUUGAUGCUUCUCAACUAAAUUUAAAAGUUUAACUUUUCAAACAAUAGAAUAAUAGAUAUUCAAAAAUAAUCAGAUAAACAAUAUUUUGCUGUAAGUAUGCCAACACUUAAUCUAAAUAAUGGUUUCAGCAAUUAUCUUUUAUUUAACGUAACGUUUGCAAAUUCAAGUCUUGGUUUUCUGCAAAUGUCCUAAAUCACAUUUACUAACAAGUUUCUUUCGGAUUUAAUUGAGAUCAAACUUAAUGACAUCAAAAUAUACAAUAACUCAUUAUAAAAAAAGGAUAGUUUGGUAUCCUUUGGAACACUCUAGUUAGAUUUUUUCUAUAAUUUCCAACUUAAAUGCGAUAUUUUUCUAGAAUUCUAAUAUAAGUUAAAAUAAGGGAUAGUUUAUGCUAAUAAGUCCAACCAUUACUGA